UUGAUGACAGAUCUUAUUAGAGAAAACUCAUGUGCUUCAUUAUAUACAUUUGUUACAGAAAAGGAACAGAUGAAAGAAAGGUUUGCGAAACUUCUUCUAGGAGAAGACAUGUCAGGAGGAGGCGAAGGUGUGUCAUCAGCACUGGCAUUAUCAAACGCAAUCACAAAUCUUUCAGCUUCUGCGUUGGGUGAGCAACGGCGUUUAGAGCCAAUCUCUGAAGAUAGAAAAGAACGGUGGAGAAGAGAAAUCGGAUGGCUUCUCUCUGUUACUGAUCAUAUAGUUGAGUUCUCUCCAACACAACAAACAAACAAAGAUGGUUCUUCAAUAGAGGUGAUGACUACGAGACAGAGAGGGGAUCUUGUCUCCAACAUCCCUGCUCUUAAGAAACUCGACAUGAUGCUCACUGGUUGUCUUGAUAGUUUCAAGGAUCAGGAUGAGUUUUAUUACAUCACAACUGAUUCUCCUGAAUCUUUAACAAGUAACUCGACCAGGAAUGAUGAUAAAUGGUGGCUUCCAACGGUGAAAGUUCCACCAACAGGCUUAUCUGAAACGUCCAAAACGUUUCUACUGAGUCAGAAAGAGUGUGUGAGCCAAGUUCUUGAAUCCGCAAUGGCCAUAAACGCUGAAGUCUUGUCUCAAAUGGAGAUCCCUGAGAGCUACAUCGACUCGCUUCCUAAGAAAGGGAGAGUUAGUCUUGGAGACACAAUCUACAGAAUGUUAACACUAGACAUGUUUGAUGCAGAGCAGUUCCUUCUUGAAAUGGAUUUAUCAUCAGAGCACAAGAUACUCGAACUAAAGAACAAAAUCGAAGCUUCGGUUGUGAUAUGGAAGAGAAAGAUAGUGCAGAAAGACAACAAGUCAUCGUCUCCAUUUAGUACCAAUCUGAGUAUGGAGAAGAGACAGCUACUAGAAGAAAGAGCAGCAACCAUCUUGUUUCUUCUCAAACAAGUUUUCCCAGGGAUAUCUCAAUCCACACUUGACAUCAGCAAGAUACAAUUCAACAAAGAUAUAGGGUUAGCUAUAUUGGAGAGUUAUUCAAGAGUUCUUGAAAGCUUGGCGCACACGGUACUGUCAAGAAUAGAAGAUGUUCUUGAAGCUGAUCAGCUAACACAGGAAUCUGAAGUUGCGGUUUGUAAGCGAGAUAUAGUGAAGGAAGCAGAGAGUCCUAAGAAGGAAGAAGAAAAGGACUUUUGUCUUUUGGAGGAGAGACCUAAAAAGAGCAAAUCUACAAUUUCACUGUCACAGGUAAUGCAAUGGAACAUGGAAGACCAUGAGCAACCGAAGAAAGAAAAGAACGAAACACCACGCAAGAAACUGUUGACCAGAGUGUCAAGCAUGAUCAACAAGAAGACUAGUUCUUAUCUUGAAUCUCUUGGAACAAAAAGCCCUAAGGCAUGGAGAUACUCUUGA